AUGGAGAAAAGCGUAAAUACGAGAAAUACGCCUGACAAAGGACAUGCAAAUAAAAAGUCAAAGCAAAACGAUUCAUCUUACUCAUAUUUUUCUGAUGAAUAUGAAUAUUACUCAGAUGAAGAGGAAGAAUAUUCUUACGAAGAAGAGAACAAAGAGAAUUUGAUGGGAAAACGAAAAUCUGCUCAGAAAGAAAAAGAAAAAUCAACAAAUAACCCUCCGAAAUUAAUAAUACAAGAUAAUAACCAAAAUAAACCAGUAUCAUAUCAUGUUGAUGAUGAAAAUCUCAAUGUGACACCACAAAUUCACGAUUCUCCAAACAUUACAGAAAUUGAUCCAAAAAUUUUACAAAUUGAUGAUGAUACGAACAAAUCUACAGAAACUAUAGAUAAAAACAACGAGUCAAAUCAAAAUACAAAUAUAAAUGAUAAAAAUAAAAUCGAAACCAAAUUUUUCACUACAGAGAGCGAAAUUCGUGAACCAGAAACAUCUAAAAUGCACGAAAUCAGAGAACCACCAAGAAAAGAAACGAAAAAUACAAAUGAAUUCAAUUUGAAAAAACGAAUUUCAAACAUGGUUCAUAAAUCAGAAGUCAAAUCAAUCCAUGAACCAGAAAACACACAAAAUAGUGGAAAACAUCGUCCGGGAGUUCAUAAACGACGAAAAGUUGUUUAUCGAAAUGAAUCUACAGUCAAUGAAACACGAAUUAAUGAAUUGAAAGAACAAUCAAUGAAGAGAAAGAUUUCAAGUAAAGUUACACAAGAAGAAUACGAUACAUUACUUAACAAAUUAGAAGAAGAACGAAAUUCAUUUUCAGAUGAACGAAAGUUUGAUGAAAGUAUGAAAAUCCAACGUGCAAUUAACUAUGUUGAAAACAAACGACGAAACGAGAUUCAUCAAGAAAUUGAGCAUGAAAAGAAAAAGCGACGAGAAGAAAGUAUUAAAAACAUUAAAGAAGAAAUAACAUUAUUUGACAAGAAAACGAAAGAGAUGCUUAAAGAAUUAGAACAUAAACAUAAAGAACAAGAAGAAAUACUUCUUAAAACACAUGAAGAAGAAUUUAAAGAUCUCGAAACAGAGUGGUCAUCCGAACACAAAGUUCGAAUGUACAAUCGUCCAUCGGCUCGCUUACUUUCUCUUAUGAAACAACUCGAAUAUCUUGUUAUUCAUAACCAGUUCGAUAGUGCAUCAUCACUUCAGAAGACUAUUGAUAUCAUUCGAUGUGAAGAAGAACGUAAUGCAGGAGAAAUCAUGCAACGUGCAUUUGACAACGCAGUUCAUAAGAAAGAAGAACGAAAUCGAAUUGAAAUUGAAAAUCUUCAUAACAAACAACGACUUGAAAUUUCACAGCUGAAAUCACAACGAAACAUUGAUAAGAAACCACUGAUUUACAAACUUCACAAUGUUAACAUUAAGAAAGACAUUCAAGAAGACAAUCUUAUUCGAAAUAAAUCGACUACAAGAAUCGACAGAAUUCCUAAUCAAAAACAAAACACGUCACGAAACAUCAACUUUUCAACAAAAGUCAAUCCACAACUUCUCAAUCUUCCAAAACUUGUUUUACGUGUUUCAACACGCCAAGAAAAGAUUCAUUCUUCAAAACCAUGA